AUGGUGAAUGCCAGAAGCAUACAGACACAGACCAUCGUCGUCGCUGAUGGAUCGCAGGUAGCCGAGGCCGAACUCGUAUUCUACGUUUUCGACGGAAACCUCGACCAGCGUGUGGGGAAGUGUAAGCGUUUCCCGGAUCCAGUGUCGCUCAUAUCCAAAUUACCUGAAGUGCCUGGAGCCUUGCAUGAGGAUAAAUUGGCCCCUCACGUCAUUAUGAAGGGGCAUCAUGAACUCAUGAAGAGGAUUGCAGAUGUAGGAACUGGACAAAAUAAUGGAGGCGCUGCUCAGUCGCAGAGGUAUGACUACGACUGGAACUUCUAA